AUGUGGCUGGCGCUGGCAGCGUGGCUGGCCCUGAACCUCCUGGCAGGGGCAGGGGCUGAGGAGAUGUGCGGAGGCCCUCCUAAAGCCCCAAGCCACUCCAUCCCUGCACCCCGGCUCAGCCCAGAGGAGAACCUCUCGCCCCACAUGCCUGAAUCCCUGCGCUGCGACGCCUGCCAUGCCAUCACCUUCCAGAUUGAGGAGCAGCUGCGCAGGGCAGAGGGGAAGGUAGGCAGGAAGGCGCUGAGUGAGUCUGACUACAUGGAGGUGCUGGAGAGGAGCUGCUCACAGGGCUGGGAGAGCUACGGGGUGCAGGAGCUGGACGGGGAGAAGCGGCUGGCAGGGCCAGGGCUGCCAAGACAGGAGCCCAUGAGCGUGAUGGUGAUGGGGGGACCCUGGCCCAGCAGGCUGUCCAAGAUGUGCCACAGCUACGUUGGUGAGCGGGGAGAGGCGCAAAUCUAUGGGGCACACCGACAGGGCCCGGCCGCCCUGCGGGAGCUGCUCUGCCAUGGGGAGAAGGGAGCCUGCACCAGCAGCAAGGCUGGGGGGCCAGCCCCACCCAAAGCGAUGCAGAACGAGCUGUAGCCCCAGUGCGGUUAAUGCUUAAUGCCCUGGUGACCUUCGGAGCCGACUUCGUCCCCAGCAAAAGCCAACAUGCGCCAGGAGGUGGGCGCCUUCCCGGCGUUGCCCAUCACUGGCAUCACAACAAUCUCUUGACGCCCAGCCCAGCCAUGCCAGGAUGAUGCUGGUGGCAGCUGGUGCCCCACACCACCGGACCCCCCACGAGCCAGGAAUUACUCUGUAACCUGCCAGUUCUAAUGUUUUACCAACAUGUUGCUCACGGCAGGGGCGUCCCAGCCCCGCCGGCGGUGCCAGCCCUAAUUAAAGGAGUUAAUAGCUGAUCCGUCCCCAAGGCAGCACUC